GUCAAAUUUGCCCACGGAUCCCGAAGAAAUCGCGAAAAUGAUGGCGGCCUCGUUCAACAAAGCUCCCGUCCCGAAAACCAUCGCGGUGAAAAAUAACUUUCACUCCAUGCCGGACUCCGCCUUCAAAAGUUUGUACACGGAGGUGGACCCCUCUUGAAAAGCAUCAUGUGCAAAAUGUGUGGCCUCGUUAUUCUCGGAACGGGCAAUGUUGCAAGUAUUAAGUUGUUCCGGGCGCAUUUUAAAGCACUACACUUUCUGCAAAUAGGGCCCAAACCCGUCGCAAAGCUGAUAAAGCCCAAGCUACCGAGGCCAAUUCUUCCUGCUUUGCCGUCAACUUCACGUCCUUUGAAUCUUCUGAUGAACAAUGGCCACAUGGAGAAAGCAGUUAGGAUGAUGUUAGAAAAGAAGGGUCAACAGCAAGGUCAAGGUCAACAACCACCUGCCCCUAAUCCCACCACCAAGUAUAACAAUUCCGCAGCAUUGGCACGAAUGCCGAUCGACUUUUUCAAGCAGUACUACACCCCGCUUGACGGCGACGCGAGAAACUACUCCUCCGUCGAGUGCAAAUUGUGUAAAAAGGUUUUGAAAGCGAAUAACGCCCACACGUACAGCAGCCAUUUCCGGCGCAAACACAGCGACGUUGUCGUACCUGAAUCAUCCAACAUAUCGCAGAUUGACGAGGACAACUUGGCAAACUUGUUGAAUCUGGAUGACCCGGAUGAUCCAGACCAAAGUCCGAAACCUCCUGCUCCUCGACAACCCCGAAAACAAAAUCUCGUCCCAGAAUCAAAUCAAUUCCCCCCUCAGAACAACCAUCAUGUUCGGUCCUUAGUCAAAUAA